AGACUUCAUUUGUCUAGUACUCACUGAUCUUGUUUCUCUUGGCAAGUUGCCGCUCGCAGCACGCGAAUGCUGUCAGCGGAAACGAAAAUACGCGCCGACGAAGUUCGAAAGCUGCUGUUGUUGCUUAGUCGAUAAAAGGUCACCACUCGGCGUCUUCGCGAUCACCACUUCAGAAUGAACAAGGCUGAAGAGAAGGACCUGAUUAGGCUGAAAACCGCCGAGGCAAGCGCGUGCAUUCAUCUUCAUGGCGCUACGCUGAUAUCCUGGGUUUUCAACGGCAAGGAGCGCAUAUUCGUCAGCGACAAGGCCAUCUUCGACAACAAGAAGGCUAUCAGAGGGGGGAUUCCCUUCGUUUUUCCCAAUUUCGGACCAUGGAGCCUGGGGCCUCAACACGGCUUCGCAAGAAUUUCCAGAUGGACUGUGCACGAGCAGCCGCAUGCGGUCGCAGAUGGUGGCUUCGCCGUGACCCUGGCACUUGAAGACACCGAGGAGACCAGAAAGAUGUGGAACUUCAAGUUCCGGGUGCUGUACACAGUCAUCCUCAGGAAGAAUAACUUGGUCCUCGACAUCAACGUGAUCAACACAGGCGAUACUGAGUUUUCCUUCACCGUCCUUCUCCACACGUACCUGAGGCUGAACGAUGUGAACCAGUUCUCCUUAUCUGGCCUACGAGGUUCCCCUUACGUCGACAAGGUGAAGCAGGGAGAGAAGGGCAUGGAAUGUGAAGACGAAGUGCACAUUAAGGGCGCCAUAGACAGGGUCUACAGCAGGACAAGUGACACCCACACUUGUAGCGUGGCGGGCAAGGCUUGGGUCAUCGUGAAGAAGACCAACAACUUCCCGGACACUGUUGUCUGGAACCCGUGGGCCAGUGGUGCGGCUUCCAUGGCCGACUUUGGCGACGACGAGUAUUUGCAGAUGGUCUGUGUCGAGCCUGGAUACGUGUCCGAGCCAAGGAAGCUGCCUCCAAAGCAGACCUUUGAGGCCUCAAUCACCAUGGAGGCAGUGGAGUAACUUCAUCUGCCGCAUAGACGUUCUGGUUCUAUUGUAUCGGAGAUGUGAUAACUCUCGUUUUUGAUAUUUCUUUAUAUUUCGAAGAUAUAUUUAAGAUUUCGGUACAAGCAUUAAAACAUUUUUCAUUAGAGCGCAUUAUUACUAUUGCUUUAUUGGUCAAGGUAUAUCAGAGUGAGUUAGAUAUUUACGUGAAGUUUUCUAUGGGCCUUAUUUUGAUACUAGCAAGCUGCCGCAGUAGUAAAGUGGUUACGGCGCUCAGCUGCUGACAUGAAGGUUGGAGGUUCAAUCCCAGCUGCGGCGGUCACAUUUCAACGAAGGCAGAGCGCUAGAAGCCUGUGUACUUAGAUUCAGGUGUACGUUAAUGUGCCCCAGGUGCUGCAAAUUUCCAGAGCCCUCCACUACAGUGUGCCUCAUAAUUGUGUUGUUGUGUUGGCAUGUAAUAAAUAUGAUUUUCAUACUAGU